UUAAAUAUGUCGAAAAUGGAGUUUUAUAAAUUAUCUUAUGUUACAACAGAUUCAUAUAUAAUUUACUACCGAUCAAAGAUCUACAAGAAGAGUCACAAAUUAUAUCCGUUGACGUGGCACUGUAUUCGCCUGUCUGCGUCUCAUUUGACAUUCGUGUCACUUUUCCUUGUAGAAUGUCUGCCAAUGGAUACAUACGAUUUUUCCAACAUUAUAAAAGAUAAGUCUUUGCAGACAACGUUUGCUCUGAAUUCUGAAGAGGAAGCGAUUUGCUUUUCUGAUAACUGUAGCCAGAUCUCCAUGUUCAGCUUAUCAAUGCUGAUUCUAAUUCAGUGGAUGAUAUUUAUAUCAUGUUUUAUCCUUAUUUCUGAGCAGAUCAAAGAAAAUGGAUGCUUCCACAAGUGCGGAGAGGUGCACAUUCCUUACCCCUUCUCAACUGGAGGAAAAGGAAAGAGAUGUGGCUUGCCUGGCUUUGAAAUCAACUGCAAACAAAAUCAGAGUUUUGGAACUACAAAGUCCAUUCCUUUUCUGUCUAUUCCUUCUGGGGAGGUACAAAUCUUGAAUUUUUCUCAUGAUCAUCUCCUCAUUAACGCAACCCAAUUCCUGGCUUCCACUUCCAAUUGUCUAGGCCAGUCCAAUAUCACACAGAUCACCAUUUCUGAGGAAGGCCCAUUCCAGUUUUCUUCACAAAACAAAUUUGUUGUAAUUGGGUGUGAAUCGCUGGGCAUGUUUGGCAAGCUUGAUGAUCGAAGUUACAUUUCUUUGGGUGGAUGCUUAUCCGUCUGUUCUGAUUCUCCCACUUUUUCUAGCUGCAAUGGGGAUGGCUGCUGCCAAACAUCCGUGCCGUCAAAUUACACAGAUUAUGUUAUUUCUGUAACAAAUCUCUCAUUGUCGCAAAAUAACUAUGAGAUGACGUGUAAUUAUGCUGGUAUACUUGAUCAAAGUAGCUGGAGUUUGAUUUCUAAAUCAGACACUCCCAACUUAAACUAUGCCUAUGCUUACAUAAGUCUGAAUUGGAGUAUUCCUAAUGACAACUGUGCCUCAGCUAAAGCAAAGGAUUCAUACCAGUGUGUUUCGGAGGCAAAGUGCAAUGAUGUAGGAUCGGGUUAUCUAUGCAAUUGUAAGCCUGGUUUUCAUGGAGACGGGUAUUCCAAUGGCACUGGGUGCAAAGAUAUCAAUGAGUGUUCAGAUCCUAGUUUGAAUGACUGUUACCCUUCGUCAAAGGGAGGGAGAUGCGAAAAUACAAAGGGCUCGUACAAGUGCUCCUGUGCCAAAGGCCACGGAGAUGGCACAAAAGAUGGAACCCGUUGUUCUACGACAAUGUUUCAGACUUUACCCGUUGCCAUAGGAGUAUGUAUAACACUAGUGGCCGUGCUUAUUGGAGGUGGUGUUGUGUUGGCGAUUUUGAAGCGCAGAACAGCGAGACUUGUCAAGCAGUACAACUUUCAGAGGAACGGAGGGACUCAUUUGCAGAAACUAAUUUCAUCAAAGGCAGAUGGGUUGAGAAUAUUUUCCUUGGAUGAGGUUGAGAAAGCAACUCAGAGUUUUUCUCCAAGUUUAAUGUUGGGAUCAGGUGGCUACGCCACAGUUUACAAAGGCACUCUUUCUGAUGGAUUUAUUGUGGCUGUCAAGAAGGCUAAUUCCAAUCAAGUUGAUUCCAAAGAUAUCAAAGACUUUAUCAAUGAAAUUGUUAUUCUGAAUCAGAUAAACCAUAGAAAUGUGGUGAAGUUGCUCGGCUGCUGUCUGGAGACUCAGGUACCCUUAUUAGUUUAUGAAUAUAUUUCCAACGGGACUUUGUUUGAUCAUCUAUAUGGUAACAAAUAUGAGCACCGUCUUCACUGGGAGAACCGCCUCCGCAUUGCUACAGAAACUGCAGAAGCGCUGUCAUACUUGCACUCUGCUGCAUCAACACCCAUUGUGCACAGAGAUGUGAAAUCUUCCAACAUUCUGUUGGACGAUGCCUAUACUCCCAAAGUUACAGACUUUGGAUUGUCUCGUCUGGUGCCAACGGACCAAACACACAUCACCACACUUGUGCAAGGAACUUUGGGUUAUUUAGAUCCUGAAUACUUCCAAACAGUUCAGCUUACAGAGAAAAGUGAUGUCUACAGCUUUGGAGUUGUGUUGGUGGAGCUUUUGACUGGGUUGAAACCUGUUUCCUUUGAAAGAACAAAGAACCAGAGCAAUUUGGCCAUUUAUUUCCUCAAUACAAUGAGAACGAAGGAUCUGAGUGAAAUAUUAGAUUCUCGGCUCACUGUAGAGGAGGAGGCCAAUAAAGAAUCAAUGGCAAAAGUGGCGAAUUUAGCGAAAAAUUGCCUGAGCGUGGAGGGGGAGAAGAGGCCGACAAUGAAGGAGGUAGUUCAGGAGCUGCUGUGGAUCAAGAGUGGAGGAAGGGGUAUGGCGGGACCCGAUUCUGAUGCAGCGUGAAGAAGGAUUUGUUUCUCUUGAAAAGUGGAUGAGUGAGCCUUAAAGCUUGUAAGAUCGCCUUGAUGGAGGCAGAUGAAUCGUCUAUGAGUAAGAUAUUAUUUAGCAAUGUUGACUUUCUAACAGAGAUACGCUACAUUUGAAGAAUUUUUAUUUUCAUUGCUAAAUUAAUGCCUCGAUGGUUAAUAGGCCAUUGUCUGUAAUGUUUUUUGGGGUUGCCGUACAGUCUGUUGUGAUAAAAUUCUGUACAUUUUAACUCAAACAAACCAAAAAUUAUGAAUGGUCUCUGAUGAUCAAAUGUAACUAUUCCUUGCAAACUAUUUGGUAUGCGUCGACACCAUUGGACCACCUUAAUUAAAAAUGUUUUUUUAAUUACCA